AUGCUGACGACUACUCUCCAGGCUGUAGCUGUCGUUCUGCUCCUGGGGUGCGAUGUCGCCGCCUAUGCUCCCGACCCUCAGUUAAGCCCGGACUAUGUGCUGGUCGCCACAGCUGCCGACAUCACGAUCAACUGUCAGCAGAGAUAUUCGGUUAUUUUCAACGGCACCAGCCCUGGGCCUCCACUUUACUUGAAGGAGAAUUAUACGACUUGGGUCCGAGUCUACAACGACAUUGAAAAUGAGAAUCUCACUGUGCACUGGCACGGAUUGAGCCAACGCACAGCUCCUUUCUCAGAUGGAACGCCGCAAGUCUCACAAUGGCCCAUUGCGCCAUUCGAGUUCUUCGACUACUCAAUCACGCCACUAGUCGGCGAUGCUGGCUCAUACUUCUAUCACUCACAUGUAGGGUUCCAGGCGAACACGGCGCAAGGAGUUCUUAUCGUCGAAGAUCAGAAUUCCGUCCCCUAUCAAUACGACGCCGAUCUUUCAUUGUUUAUUCAAGACUACUUCCCGAAGAACGACUCGACUAUUGAGAAUGAUCUUGUGGCAAACCCGUUCAAGUGGUCUGGCGAACCAGAAGCCAUCGAGAUUAAUGGGCAAAGUGGCAACUCAUCAUUCAAUAACGCUUCUGAUCCAUCCUGUACGCCGCACAUCAUCACCGUCAAACCUGGUACAACCUACCGUCUCCGAUUCAUCAGCGGCACUGCUCUAUCACUUGUCACGCUCGGAAUCGAGGAACACGACAACCUAACCAUCAUCGAGGCGGAUGGAGACUACACUAAGCCCUGGAGUACUGAUCAUCUUCAACUUGGUAGUGGGCAACGAUUUAGCAUCUUACUGCGCACCAAAACUGAAGCUGAGCUGGCAUCUGCGACCAAAAUGAGCUAUUGGCUUCGCUAUGAAAGCAGAGAUAGGCCGACAAACGUCACCGGUUAUGCGUUGCUACAGUACGAUCUACCUGGCUCGGAUCUCCCAAGCAUACUUCCUGCAACAAAUCCAGUCACCCUUUCUGGGAAUGUCACAAAUUGGGCUGAGUACUCUUUGGAGUCUUUGCAGGAAACUGAGCCUUUCCCGACUCUGGCUGAAGUCACAAGAACUGUGACAAUCACAAUGCGACAAGUCAUUAGAGAAGGGGCUUAUGUCAACAAUACCAUAAAUGGCACUUUGGAGUGGGCGCAAUCUAACCUUGUCUGGCAAACUGAGGAGCGAGAGGCAAACAACAGUCUGCCAUAUCUAGUGCAAGUUUAUCUUACUGGCCAAACACCGAAUUACACAGCCGCCUUGCAAAAUGGAGGCUGGGAUCCCUACAGCAAUGCCUUCCCAGCCCUACCAGGCGAAGUUCUCGACAUCGUCUGGCAGAGUAACUCGGGCGUAACAGGUGGAUGGGACUUCCAUCCCAUGCACGCGCACGGAAAGCACUAUUUUGACCUUGGCUCAGGAAAUGGUACAUACAACGCCACAGCGAACGAACCGAGGUUCGUCAACUACACCCCGGCGAGACGUGACACAACUUUACUGUACCGCUACGCCACCUCAGGCAUGCCGCAGACUACAGCGGGGUGGAGAGCCUGGAGGAUCAGGGUCACCGAAGAAGACGUCGGUGCAUGGAUGAUGCAUUGCCAUAUCUUGCAGCAUAUGACAAUGGGUAUGCAAACGGUCUGGGUUUUCGGCAACGCCAGCUCGAUUCUCGCUAAAUUUCCAAAUCCGCCAUAUAUAAAUGGAUACCUUGAUUAUGGUGGUGAUGCAUAUGGGAACGAUACUUACGACCCGUUGGUCACGACGUUGCUACCUUAG